GUGUGUGUGUGUGUGUGUGUGUGUGUGUGUGUGUGUGUGUGUGUGUGUGUGUGUGUGUUUUCACCCCCUUGAACGCCACGCUCCAGUCUGUAAUUGUCUCAUGCGUGAUGGAGGCUCUGGAUGGCACUCCAGCAUGAACAGAGGACAAAUGAGCAUCAAGUGUGUCUGGAGUUGACAACAGCUGAGUUGCUGCAGGCAGGAGCAGAGAAAUCCAAGAGAAGAGGAGAUCUGCUGAUGAUUAGACUGGAAUACAACGAACAGGAUGAUUUCCCAUCAUGAAAAUGUCUUUUAUCCACUUUGUGCACACUUUUGAUACUCUUGCCUGCAUGCUUUUUAUCUCUUCACUUUUUGCGAUUGAUGGUGCAUCCCUUAACAAGCUGCCUCCAACUGUGGACCACUGCCUCCCAAACCCGUGCCAAAACCAAGCUAUAUGCAGAAACCGUGGGGACGGCUACUCCUGCUUCUGCGUGCCAGGUUUCCAAGGUGCUCGCUGCCAGAUAGAUGUGAACGAGUGCGUUUCACAGCCCUGCAGGAACGGGGCCACCUGCAUAGACAGAGUGGGACGAUUCUUCUGUCUGUGUUCUGCAGGAUUCACAGGAGCCACUUGUGAGUUCCAGAUUGACGGUUGUCAAUCACAGCCAUGUCAAAAUGGCGGCCGUUGCCAUAACUACACCAGAGGCUUYGACUGCACCUGCCUCCCUGGUUUCCAAGGCCAACGAUGCGAAAUCGACACUGAUGAGUGCCGGGAGCAGCCGUGCCAAAACGGGGCUCUGUGCAUCGACGGAGUGAACRGAUACAGCUGUGACUGCUCAUACACAGCAUUCACUGGUCCRCACUGUGAGGCCCCACUGCCACAGUGCCACUCUGAACCCUGCUUUAACAGCGCCACCUGUCAGGACAACCAGGGGAACUACACCUGCACCUGCUGGCCUGGGUUUGAGGGGCGUCACUGCGAGGUAGACGUCAGCGAGUGCAGCAGCAGUCCCUGCAUGCACGGCGGCAGCUGCAUCGAGAGGUCAUGGCAGGCCCUGUACGGCAGCGAACCUCUGCUGCCUGAGCACUAUGACCAGAGACAGGCUGCAGGAUUCAUCUGCAUCUGUCCUUCAGGAACAACAGGGUCCCACUGUCAGGACGUGAUAAACCCGUGCGAGUCCAGUCCGUGUCAGAACGGGGGCAGGUGUGAGAGCCAUGUUGGGGGCUACACGUGUCGCUGCCUCACACAGAGUCCUGAUGGCGUCCUUUACGGAGGAGGAAACUGUGAUGUAAGGUUGGUGGGAUGUGAGGGACAUGAAUGCCAAAACCAAGGCUCCUGUUCGCCCUUCCUGCUGGAUAAGACUCACGGAUACACCUGUUCCUGCACACCUGGAUUCACCGGACCCCUCUGUAACACCCCCACUUCGUUCUCCUUUGAGCGCAGGGGGUACUUGUUGUUGCACAACCCCCUGCUGAACGCUGAGCUGACCUGCAACAUCACCCUGAGCUUCAAGACCRUUUUACCCCGAGCGCUGUUGUUCCAAAGGAACAUCAGGGGGUACCUGCUGGGUCUGGAGCUGGAGGGGGGUCAGCUGUGUCUCUCUCUGAAAGGGCAGGACUCUGCUGGGGCUGACAGUCGAGUUCUGGAUCUCCCGCUGAACGUCACAGAUGGAGAGUGGUAUUCUGUGGAGGUCGUGCUCACCAACCGGGCCGUCAGCCUCAAACUUAUGGACGAUGCUGGGAUCUGUGCGGGCCAGUCGUGCCACAUAACGGUCACGCUCCAAAGACCCCUGGAGGGGCUCGAGACCGCUCCUCAAAACACUUUUAUCGGGGGGACACUCGAGAGCUCAAACGGUCCCAGUAAGUCUGCAUCUCCUGCGUUCAUUGGCUGCAUGCGGGACGUGUUUGUGGACUGGCAGCUCGUUGUUCCUGAGGAAUGGCUGAGUGACUCGGCGGUUAACGUGGCCCCCGGCUGCAGCCACCGGGACCGCUGCCUGGAUGAGCCGUGCCAAAACGGGGGCCGCUGUGUAAACCUGUGGCAGAGCUACGAGUGCUGGUGUCCAAGGCCCUACGAGGGCCACGACUGUGAGGAAGAGGAAUCCAUGUCUGAAUGGGGGGAUUUGCUUCUCCCAAUGGGACGACUUCUCGUGCACCUGCCCCGUCUACACAUCAGGGCGGCGCUGCGAGGAGGUGACAUGGUGCGAGCUGAGCCCCUGCCCUGCAGAUGCAGAGUGCAUGACGCUGCAGCACGGCUACGAAUGUUACUCCAACGCGACCUUCCUGACCAACAGCACGGUUUUGACCUUCAGAGGCAACGGCCACAUCCUGCGCAACAUAACCAGCGUGUCGCUGACCCUGCGCACACGCAAACGUAACGCAGCCGUCCUWCACGCAGAGAAGGAUUCCUUCUUCAUCACCAUCUUUGUCCAGGAUGGCAACCUCUCCGUGGAGCUUCAGAGCGCUUCUGCAGACGAYGGCGACGAGGAGGAGGGAGGGCCGCGGGUCUUGAGUCUGAGCAGCAGGAGGAGUGUCAGCGACGGGGAGUGGCACACCCUUCAGCUGUUCAUGACGGAUCCCUGGGCUCCGGCCUCUCGUUGGACUCUGGUGCUGGAUGAGGAAAUAGAAGAGGCCAGCAUCUCUAAGAACCUGGAGGGCAACUUGAACUUCCUCAGACAAGACGUGGACGUCUACCUGGGGGGCCUGUCCCUGGAUGCGGGCUGGUCCCUGGCAGGGUGUCUGGGCACGGUGGAGCUGGGCGGCAUCGCCCUGCCGUACUUCAGCUCCUCAGACGUGAACCUCCCACGUCUGCAGGAGGAGCAGUUCGUCCAGUCGUCAAUGAACCCCCCGCUUGUCGGCUGCAGAGGGGCGUCCGUGUGCGAGCCCAGCCCGUGUCUGAACGACGGGAGGUGCCAGGACCUCUUCAACACCUACAACUGCAGCUGCUCCAAGGAGUGGGCCGGGAGGCGCUGUGACGUCUUCAUAGACGCCUGUGAUCCGAGUCCCUGCGURCACGGCAACUGCUCCGUCACUUCACUCAGCUACGAGUGCACCUGUGAGCUGGGGUACACAGGUGUGGACUGUGAGGAAGAGCUGGACAUGUGUGAACAGCACAUGUGUGCCAAUGGAGGCACCUGUCUGCAUGGGCCGGAGAGAUACGCCUGCCUAUGCCCCGAGAACUACACCGGACCUUUCUGCAGUGAACGUGUGGAAGAACUUCCUUGGUACAUCGUUGUCAGAAAUGUACGGCCCAAGCUGCCUGUUUCUGUGUGCGGUGAUGACAAAAGGAACUACACCUGCUUUAACGGAGGGAACUGCACGGACCGGGAGCUGUCCUGUGACUGUCCGUCAGGCUUCGUCGGGCACAGGUGCGAACAGGAAGUGGACGAGUGCAAGUCCAACCCGUGUCUAAACGGAGGGUACUGCCGCAACCUGGUCAACAAAUUCGUCUGCGUGUGCGACAUGAGCUUCGCUGGAGACGUGUGCCAAACAGAUCUGACCUCUGAAGAUGUGACCUCUGACCUCUUGCUGCCUGUAACCCUGGCGUCUGUCGUCCUGCUGCUGGUCCUCGUCCUGACCUCCGUCGGUUUGGUGGCGGCGCUGAAUCGCCGCGCCACACACGGCACCUACAGCCCCAGCCGGCAGGAGAAGGAGGGCUCCCGGGUGGAGAUGUGGAGCAUCACCCAGCCGCCGCCGGUGGAGAGACUCAUCUGACCGUUCUGAUCCGUCUGUCUGCAAACACUCACAGGAAAACUGGAAGAGUUUCUCAGCUUCACACGUCUGUUUGCUGAAAGGAAAAGAAAUGAGAACAGACUUUAAUUUGAAGAAAAACUCGUUAUUCUGUAUUGUUUGUGAUCAAAUCUUGGCUCACCUUUCAGUUCAUCUGAAUAUUUUAACUUGUUCAAAAAGAAAAGGUCAGACAUUUUAUUUUAGCUGCAACUUUUUUACUUUUUAGCUCAUUUAUGUUAGAGUGAGAUUUUGUUGUAGGACAAUAAAUAGAAAUGAAAAAGCUCAGAUUCAGUUUAUUAACAGGAUUCAUUAACUCUCACAUCAUUACAUACUUCUUUAUCUUUUACUGGGAUUACUUCAACAUCAUCUAAAUUUAUAAAAAACAAUAAAACUCCACCUGUGUGGAUUUAUUUAUUUUGGGGGGAAAUGCAGAUUUAACUUUUAAGUAUAGCUCUUUACUGAACAAACAAUUCUUUAACAGGCAGGUUUUAAGAUUCUAAUAUUUUUAAGGCAGAUUUGCAUUUUAAUUUACUCAAUAACUGCUGUGACUGAAUGUUUUUUUGUGUACAGUGCCACAAUUAUUCUGUCAAUUUUUUUUACCUUGAUUUGAACUGAACUGUGCUGCAUAAACUGAUUUAAUUGUAAUAAAUCUGAGUGUGAAGUUGUUUUUUUAUUAGAAAA